CCGGGGACUUUCCCAGGGGCGUGGCGUGGCCCUAGCAUUUCCUGGUACCGGCCGGAGCUUAGGUUCGGCGAGUCUGGCGUCGGGCCCUGAAGCUCUCUCGUCCUAGGCUAGGUGGCCAUCACGGCAGGGGUUGAGCCACCCUCAUGGAAGGGAGAGGACCCUACCGGAUCUACGACCCAGGGGGCAGCACGCCUCUGGGAGAGGAGGUGUCCGCAGCUUUUGACCGUCUAGUGGAGGAGAAUACUCGGCUGAAGGGAAAAAUACAAGGGAUAAAGAUGUUAGGAGAGCUUCUGGAGGAAUCUCAGAUGGAAGCAUCCAGACUCCGGCAGAAGGCGGAGGCGCUGGUCAAGGACAGCGAGCUGCCUCCACCACCACCCGCUCCCUCCUUGGUCUCCUUUGAUCCCCUGGCUGAGCUCACAGGACAGGAUACAAAGGUUCAGGCACAUCCUACUACCAACACCACCACCACCACCACCACCACCACCACCACCACUGGAAACUCCAUGGAGAAGUCAGUGUCAGCCUCCAAGCCUCCAUCCAAUGGCGCCUCCUCUGACUUUGAAGUGGUCCCUCCUGAGGAGCAGAGUUCACCUGAAACUGGCCACCACCCUAGGAACGUGAUGGAGCUGGGGCCCCCACCCCCAGAGGACGGCAAUCUGAUGCUCCACCUGCAGCGCCUGGAGACCACCCUGAGUGUGUGUGCAGAGGAACCAGAUCACAGCCAGCUCUUCACCCACCUGGGCCGCAUGGCCCUCGAGUUCAACAGGUUGGCCUCCAAAGUGCAUAAAAAUGAGCAACGUACCUCCAUCCUGCAGACCUUAUGUGAGCAGCUGCGCCAGGAGAAUGAAGCCCUGAAGGCCAAGCUGGACAAGAGCCUGGAACAGCGGGAUCAGGCUGCUGAGAGGCUGCGGGAGGAAAACACGGAGCUCAAGAGACUGUUGAUGAACAGCAACUGCAAAGAGGGACUCUGUGGGCAGCCUGGCUCCCCGAAGACAGAGGGUGCUGGCAAGAAGGGCGUGGCCGGACAGCAGCAGGCCAGUAUGACGGCAAGUAAGGUCCCUGAAGCAGGGGCGUUCGGUACAGCUGAGAAGAAGGUGAAGUUGCUGGAACAGCAGCGCAUGGAGCUGCUGGAAGUGAACAAGCAGUGGGACCAGCAUUUCCGGACCAUGAAGCAACAGUAUGAGCAGAAGAUCACAGAGCUUCGCCAGAAGCUGGUGGACCUGCAGAAACAGGUGACUGAGCUGGAGGCUGAGCGCGAGCAGAAGCAGCGUGACUUUGACCGGAAACUCCUCCUGGCUAAAUCUAAGAUCGAGAUGGAAGAGACUGACAAGGAACAGCUGACAACAGAGGCCAAGGAACUUCGCCAGAAGGUCAAGUACCUGCAGGAUCAGCUGAGCCCACUCAUGAGGCAACGAGAGUACCAGGAAAAGGAGAUCCAGCGGCUCAAUAAGGCCCUGGAGGAGGCCCUCAGCAUCCAGGCCUCUCCGUCAUCCCCACCUGCAGCUUUUGGGAGCCCAGAAGGGGUCGGGGGCCAUCUGAGGAAGCAGGAACUGGUGACGCAGAAUGAGCUAUUGAAACAGCAGGUAAAGAUCUUUGAAGAGGACUUCCAGAGGGAACGGAGUGACCGUGAGCGCAUGAACGAAGAGAAGGAGGAGCUGAAGAAGCAGGUGGAGAAGCUGCAGGCCCAGGUCACCCUGACCACUGCCCAGCUCAGAACACUCAAAGAGGAGGAGAAGGCCAAGGAAGCCCUCAAACAACAGAAGAGGAAGGCAAAGGCCUCAGGAGAGCGCUACCAUGUGGAACCCCACCCUGAGCACCUUUGUGGCGCCUAUCCCUAUGCCUACCCACCCAUGCCAGCCAUGGUACCUCACCAUGCAUACAAGGACUGGUCCCAGAUCCGAUACCCUCCACCCCCUGUGCCCAUGGAGCACCCGCCCCCCCACCCCAACUCUCGCCUCUUCCAUCUGCCAGAGUACACCUGGCGUCCACCCUGUGCAGGAAUUCGGAAUCAGAGCUCUCAAGUGAUGGACCCGCCCCCAGACAGGCCUGCAGAGCCAGAGCCAGCUGACCUCAGAUUGCCAAAAGUGUAAAGGCCAUGUGCAUGUUCAGUGUGACCCAAGCCUUGGCAGAACCGAGGCUGGGAGGGGCAGAUGGCCCGCAUCCCCAGCCAAACUCUAACUGUUUACAAGACUAGGGAGAAUCUACCCAUGAGGCCUCCACCAGGUUCUUCUGGAUGCAACCAGGAGAAACUCAACACCCUGCCUCUUGCCAAGGCCAGGAGGCCUCACCUGGCUUCGACCUGCCAUCUGUUGCCGAGGCCACUGGCUUCCAUCCUAAGAGUGGGGUGCAACAAGACCCCUUCCUCUCAGAACCUCAAAGACUUGGUUCCAGGCUCUCCAGAGACCACACCCAGUUCGUGUGCAUGUGCUGUUUUUGCUUCAAGCUCAGUAGCAGGACCUGCCCUGCACCCCCUGCUCCUUACCCCUCUGUGAGGAAUUAGGGAAGAGGGCUUUGUCUCUAGAGCAGAAGAGAACAACGGGAUGGCCUGAUGCUGUCAUGCUCUCCACUGCACCUGUGUCAGCCUCCUGAGAGCCACCAUGAUCUGGAAUGAAGGCCACACCAGCCAGGUCUGCUAAAGGGCCCCAGACUGAAGAUGACCUCAGCCCCCACAGUUAUGUUUAUGGUGCCAGAGGUCUGUAUUAAGGUAGCUGCUGUUACUAGGCAGCUGUUUGCACAAAUCUUGGACAUAAAUCCAACUUGAGGAUCAA